UAUUAAAAAUCUGCACAGUUUUCGUUUCUCUGAAAUCGUGAUGCCGUUCGAUCAUCGCGCAUGCGUGAGAAAAGCGUCUCGUCUAGUAUUGGGUCGUACCAUUUAUCACUGUAAUGUAAUGUAAACACGUGUUUGUUAUUCGAAGGAGAUGCAUAAUGCGAUUUCUCCGUGAGGAAAAUCAACAAGAAAUCGCGACUACGACGUACUCGUUAUGACCGAACAAUAACACGAUAAUAAAAAGAAGCAUCUAUGGAUUCGAAUGAUUUAGUCAUGUUCGUAUGCUGAAAUUCACUUUCGUAUGGUGGUUUCUGCGUUCGCGACUUGGAGCCAAAUACUCCGAUGUUCUUAAAAUUGCACUUUGCAAGCGCGAAUAAGAGAAAUAACAAAAUUAUUUGACUAAAAGCAUAUAAUAUCCUCGGAAACACUUGAAUAAAAUGAAAGACGAACAUGUUUAUAUGUAACACAAAAGAGUAGUCUUUAUUAUAACAGAGUAUUUUAAUAUUAAAAAUUCUCCAUCAAAGUGCUGAAUAAUAAAUAAUGACUAAUAUAUGAAUUAUAUAUUAAUGGUUGUUCAAUUGUUACACAAGUGAAGAUAUUUAAAAUAAAUUAUAUAUACGUAUAUAUCUGUACAGAAGAAUAAAUAUAUUUAUAGAAAUGGAACCAUUCUGGUUUCCUCGCAUAAUUGCUCGUUAUCCAUAUAUUAUUUUACUGACUGUUUUCAUAUUUUCUUCAAUAAGUCUCAUUAUUCCGCUUACAACUAAAAAGUUACCAGAUUUUUCAGAUCCUCAAAUGGGCUUUGAGGCAAGAGGUACAGUAUUAGCACAAAGACUGACAGCUUGGAAUCACUUGAUAGAAGCUACAAAACCAAGUGGCGAACUUACAAAUAAUCCUUUAGAAUAUUAUCAUUAUGUGAGUCAAUUAACUAAACAGCUUAAUAAUACAAAUAUGCAAAAUCAUAGUUUGACUACUCAGACAGAAGAGGGUAUUCUUAGAAAAAGGCCAAAAGGUAAAAAUAAACGAAAAGGAAAGAAACACCAACUGACAUUAAAUAACACUGAUCUUAAAGAAGUGAGUAAGAAAGAUAGAUGGGAAGAAUUACGAGAACUAAAAGACAAGCAUAAUGUAGAUAUAAAAGAUGACAAGGUUGAAGAUCAACUCGAUAGUGAUAUUUUUUUCUGCAAUUUGCCAACUUCUUCAUAUGCACGUGUUGUAAUCACUGUAAAUUCCAAGGAAGAUGAUUUGUGGUCAAUGGAAGGUGUAUUAGCUCAAUGUCAUAUUGACGAUGUACUUCGUGGGAAUAUUCACUUUCCAUCUUUAUGUCAGACACAACUCAAGCGUAAUGGUGAAACUGAUCACAAAUGCUGUAGAAGUUGGUCACCAGCUAACUACGUUGCACUUUUAUCUAAUCGUACUUCUUGUUUGGGAGUGACCGAGAAUGAUCUUGGCAGAGUAAAGGCUCUUUUGAAACAGUGCUCUUAUUAUUAUCAUAAUCAUCAGUUGGUGCCUAACUGUGCAGAAGAUUUUAAUUGCCAAAGACAUGUGCCAACCGAGUGCUACUACCGAAAUGCAGUUUAUUAUUUACUGCAUUAUCUUUUAGAUAUUAAUUUUAUUCCGAAGACAGAUUCUAAAAAUAAACAAAAUUUGACGCUACAUUCUGCCAUGUUGUUUCUUCCCAUUGCAGCAAGUUCUGCAACUUUAGAUUUUUACAAAGCAAUAGACAAUGAUGAUUUAAUAUAUGGAAACUUUCGUGUUCAAGGCAUGCAACUUGGCCUGAAAAGUACAUUGUUCGAUCAACUAUUAUUAUCCGAUUCGAGUUUAGUACUCGCUGGUUUUGUAUUUGUUACAUUUUGUAUUUGGGCAUUUACUGGCUCUAUAAUGCUGACUGUCGCAACAAUUUUAGCGGUAUUAUUUAGUCUUGGAAUUUCAUACGCAAUAUAUACUCUCGUUUUGCAUAUUGAAUUUUUCCCUUUCAUGAACGUUUUGGCCAUUGUUGUAGCUGUAGGCAUUGGAGCAGACGAUGCAUUUAUUUAUUGUAAAGUUUGGGAAUCUAGAAAACAGCAGAAACUUUCUAAUGGUGAAUUGGUACAUUUGGUACAAGAAACAAUGAAACAUGCUGUUCCAUCAAUGUUUGUGACAUCUCUUACAACAGCAGUAGCUUUUUUUGCAUCAAUUGUUAGUAAUGUGACUGCUAUCAAUUGCUUUAGUUUAUUUUCAGGCAUGAUAGUUAUUGCUAACUUCUUCUUGAUGAUAACAUGGCUACCUGCGUGUGUGGUCGUAUCAGAGAAUUGUAAAUUAUCUACUCUAUCACCUGUUAAUUUUAUUACCAGAAGAAUUAUUCGUCCCCUACGAUCUUUAGGAAAUAAAGUGACAGUGGGAUUCACUACCUUUCUUACUGGACUAGUGCUUCGUUUAAGAUGGUUUUGGUUAAUAAGUUUGGGGAUAAUGACAGUAGCGUGUUGCAGUGUCGUCUUCCAUUAUCCAGGCUUGCAAUUGCCAGAUUAUAUGGAGCUUCAAUUAUUUAAUGAUAAACAUACAUUUGAACAGUACGAUUUAGUAUAUUCUCGAAGAUUCUGGUUUGAACGAUAUGAAAUGGCCGGUGGAGAAGCUGAAGUUUUACUACCAUUGAGAUUUGUAUUUGGUAUAAAUGCGGUCGAUAAUGGUGAUUAUCUUGAUCCUCGUAAAAAGGGAACACUGGAUUGGGAUGAAACUUUUGACAUUACUCAUCCACAGUCACAGAAGUGGCUUCAACAAUUUUGUCAAAAUUUACGAACUCAACCUUUUUACCACAGUACUAUAGGAGCUUUAUUAUCUAAUUGUUUCAUCGAGUCGUUACAUUUAUGGAUGAAGAGACCUUGUAUUGAUCCUGUCGAUUCUGAAAUUGAUUAUACGCCAUGUUGCAACAGCAGUAUAUUUCCAUAUAAACCCAACGUUCUGCAACAGUGUGCAGCUGAAGCUAGUUUGAGAGUAUAUCGUACGCCUUAUAUUUGGAGGGGGGGCGAUGCACCUUUUGCAGGUCCAAAAUUUGUCAAAGAACCUUCGUUGUUCACGCAGGCAACAAAUGAUACGUUUGCGAUGAAAAUAACGCCGAAGAUCAAAGCGCUAAUUAUCGAAUAUGAUAGCACAUAUGUAUACAGUCUCUCAUUUGGAUAUAUGGAUAAAUUUUUUCAUCAGGUUGAAAAUUGGAUGAAGAAUCAAUUACGAACAGCACCUAAAGGGAUGCAAGGUGGAUGGUUUAUCAGUAAUUUAGAAUUUUACGAGCUUCAGCGAACGUUGUAUGAAGGAACUGUAUAUGGAAUAGGAGUAUCGCUAACUUUGGCUCUAAUAGUCUUAGCACUUGUGACCUUAAAUCCUCUUGUCAGCCUAUAUGCAAUUGUAACUAUUGGUGCUGUUAUAAUAGUAACUGUUGCGAUACUCAUUCUUCUGGGUUGGAAACUGAAUAUUUUAGAAAGUGUUGCAGUGACUACAGCUAUAGGCCUUGCUGUAGACUUCAGCUUACAUUACGCUGUAAGUUAUAAAGCAUGUAUCUCCGAGAAGAAAACGGACAGAGUAAAAGCGGCAUUACAACAAAUGGGUGGUCCCACUCUUAUGGCAGCAAUUACAAGUGGAGCUGCGGGUGCUUUCAUGUUACCUUCAAGUGUACUUGCAUAUAUACAAAUUGGUAUUUUUUUAUUACUCCUCAUGGGAAUAAGUUGGAUUUAUGCGACAUUAUUUUUGUGCGCGAUGCUAGCAGUUAUAGGACCAUCUUUACAUUUCGCUCAGUUUGAAUAUCCCAGAUUAAAAAUUUUAUCAAUUUGUUUUCUUAAAUAUGAGAACGAUGGUGUAGUUGAAGCCGACAAAAGUAACACUCGAGCGAAGAAAACUUAUAAAGGACGAGGAAUGCUUUCAGAAUCAACUUUAAGCACAUCUAGUUCAGUAUGUCAAUUUCAUUGCAGUGAACUGGAAACUCUUGCAAAACCUCCAUCGCCAUCAUUACCACCUUCUCCAUUAUCAACAUUACUUCAUUAAGACUAUCAUUAUUUAAAUAAUUAUUAUCAAUUAUACAUAUGUCAUUUUUUCUAGGAAUCUCAAUUUGCUAUUUUAUCAAUUAUAUAUUUAUAAACUAUAUGUCAAAUAAUCAUUCUGUGCUUAGGUGCAAGAUCUUAAUAUGACUGUUGGCUGUGUUCAAAUAGUUUUAAGACAAUUACUCAAAAUAUCGCUUUUUUGCUACAAUAACGACAUAAUUAAAAAAGCAAAAUUUUCUAGAUUAAAUAUUUUUAAUUAUUAAAAUUUGGAAUAUUAUUAUAAAUUUGGAAUAUACAUUAUUUUUUAAAUACGAUUUUAUGUGACGAUUUGGUCUGAUAUUGUAAAAGAAAUAAAAAUAUUAGUUUUUUAUUCAAUAUAUUCAAUUCUUACUCAAUUUUUUUUACACAUCACAAAACUCUAUUAUAAUUUUAGUUAUAUCGUUGUUUGUAGUAAAAGCGAUAUAGUCUGAUAUUUGUUACCUGUAUAUCUACAAUACACACAGAUACAUAUAUAUAUAUAUAUAUGGUUAAACACAACACAUGCAGAGGGCUUCCUAAUUAGUAGUACAGAUAUAUAUAUAUAUAUAUAUAUAUACAUGCAUAUGUGCAAUCAAGAGCAUUAAUAUUAUUUAGUAAUUUUUACAGUAAUUUUCUUUGUAAUAUGUUUCAAAAGAAUUUUUUUUGCUUAUAUAGUUAAUAACACAAUUUAACCGCGUUAUUUUGUAAACAAAUAGAAAAAAAUUAGUCAUUGGAUGUCAUGAAAACUGAGCAAGCACUAAAUAAUGUCAAUACUCUCAAUUGUGCAUACAUAUUUAUGGCUAUGAAGAAUUAAAUGUUAAAUUAAUAUUAUCAGUAUUAUAUAAAAAUAUUAAGAAUACAAAUGUAAUUAUAAAAGUAUAUUAUUUUUUCUUUAAUAUUUGUCGAUUAUUCGUUACAUAAUUUGUAUCAAAUUAAGAAUAAAGUAAUUUUAUAUGCUAUAUAAA